AUGUCGUUGAAUAAUCUAGAUAUGGCCAACAUAUCUUCUUCUGCCUAUGUAGAUUCGGCAGACGGAACGCUAGUUAUCAUGGUAGUACGAGCAAAACAUUUACCAAAUCGAAGAAAAAUGGAUAAACAAUCACCCUAUGUGGUAGUACGAAUGGGCACUACUGCUAAAAAGACUAAUUCUGAUUUCAGGGCUGGACAAACACCAGAAUGGACACACGAGAUACGAUUUGAUAUAACUCGAGAUAGGAGACCUUUAUUGAAAAUUGAUUUGUUAGACGAGACUAAUGGUGACCCCACACCUAUUGGCGGUUGUGAAAUAGAUGCCUCUAUAGUAUUCCGACAUCCUGGGAACGAACAAGAUGGCAAGUUUAUAUAUGACAAAUGGUAUGACUUGACGUAUCGAGAGAAAAGUGCUGGGAUGUUGUAUUUGGAAAUGACAUUUUAUCCCAGAGUACCUAUACUUCCUCCAAAAAUAUCUCAUCAUCAUGAAGCAUUUGAAAACCAUGUAGCAUUGAGUGGGGGCUACGAUGAUGAAGAUGACAACAAAAGUAACAACAACAACAACAACAAUAAUAACAACAAUAACAACGAUCACCUUAGUCUAGGGCACACUCAUACACAAUCCCGGCAAACACUUGUAUUUGAACCUGAAAAUGCAAGUAAUGAUGUGUUUGUAACGCUGGAUAACCUCCAUGGUAGUAAAGGAUCUUCUCUUUUUCUGAAAACUAGUCAAUUUUUCACUAAAUCAGCUGAUGGAAGUGCAUCUAGUCAUGAGAGAGAAGAUGAUGUGAUAAUUACUCCAUCUCGUAUAGAUGGAAGGAAAAGUCCUAGUAAAUAUGCCAACAAAUUUGCAAAAUUGAAGAAUAAACUAAAUAUCAAACAAUGGGGGAGCGACUCACUGCAUUUGAACGCAUUUAUAUCCAACGGGAUCAAACGCGAUAUUUCUCCAAUCAGUGUAUAUCGAUCAAAUGAUUUGGAUGAGUUAGAGCAAGAUAUAAUACCUAGUCAACUAAGUAUUGUGAGUCCUAUAAGAAGUGAUAUCGAUGAUGAGUAUGACGACCACCACCAACACGACGACGACGACGACGACGACGACGACUUGGAGCUUAGAAAUUUGCCAGUACCACCAACUCACCGUAUUGCUCUGAAGCCUUUACCAGCACCCCCAGGGCGGAAACCACCUUCCAGUUUCAACAACUUUGACUUUAAAGAUUCCACAGCAAUACCGUUUUCAGCAGAUUUUAUUGGUGUCGAAGAUGACCACCAAGACUUGUUACCAACAAAAGUGUACAUGCUUAAGGAGCAAGUCAAGUCUUUGAGCUUUAAUGGAAAUUCGCACCAUGCAGUAGAUGAACCUUUAAAUAAAGACGAGAUUGAUCCAAAGUAUUAUGCCCCUACGCCGAGUGAACACUUUACCCGUAGCACUAGGUUGGCUGCUGGAGAAGUUACCAAGGACGAUUUAAAAAUUGAUUUUAGGACAAAUAAAACAGGAUAUAUCGGUGAUGGUAAGUUUAGUCCAAGUAUAUUUCAAAAAGCUAGUGUGAACACCAGACCUUGGGAUGUUUACGAUGAAGAUAGCGACGAUGACGAGUCGAAUAAACCUGCUGUACCUCCAAAGAUACCAAGAGGUAUGAAUGAGUUGGAAUACUUUGCUUUGGAAAAGGAUAAAUACUUACAAGACUUGAAUGGGAGACGAGCUUAG